GCUAUUACGAAACAUAUAUUUGCAGAAACCAAUAUUUUUCCCGUAUACUUAUGACACGCUUAUCACAAAUAUAUUUGAUAUGAUCGCGGUGUAGAUCGCCACAGUCGCAAGUUGUCUCUGAAGAGGUUUUGUUCGCGGAGUACUUUCGUGUUGCAGAAAAAAAUCUCUUGCGCUCGUCUCCCUACAUGGUAGAAGUGGUAUAUUAACGAAAAUACAAGAGAGAUUCAAAGAUUUUUGUGCCUAGUUUUGUUAUUGCCGUUUGUUGCCUUUUGGUUGAGUACGUUUUUGUUGAUUUUUGAUCGAUUUCUUAGUGAAACUGUGCUUGUGUUUCUUGGUGAUUGCAACGAAAGUUUUGGUGAAGAGAUAAUAGGAUCCAGUAAACAUUGAUAAUAAAGUGAUAUUAUUCGUGCUUUUUGUGUUCUAGUUAAAGACCUAAAAUACAAACAUCUAUUUUCUUUCUCAUUUAAAUUCAAAGCAGUUAAACAUGUGUGGAAUCUUCGCUUACUUAAAUUACCUAACACCAAAAACGCGACAUGAGGUCCUCGAAUUGCUUGUCAGAGGCCUAAAACGUUUGGAAUAUCGGGGAUAUGAUUCAGCUGGUGUUGCAAUUGAUUCAGCUGAUGGUAAGGAUAUGGUUCUUGUUAAACGUUCCGGACAAGUGAAGAAAUUAGAGGAAGCCAUUGCAGAAAAAUUUUCUGAUUUAUGUAACGAGGAACAAAUUGAUAUCCAUUGUGGUAUAGCACAUACCCGUUGGGCUACUCAUGGUGUACCAUCAGAGGUCAACGCACAUCCACAAAGAUCUGAUGACCAUCACUCUUUCGUUGUUGUUCAUAAUGGUAUCAUUACAAAUUAUAAGGACGUUAAAACAUAUUUGACAAUGCAUGGAUAUACGUUUGAAUCUGAUACUGAUACUGAAAUUAUUGCUAAAUUGAUACAUCAUUUAUAUAAACAGCACCCACAAUAUUCUUUUAGAGAAUUAGUCGAGCAAGUUAUUCAACAGUUGGAAGGUGCAUUUGCAGUGGCGAUAAAAUCAAAACAUUUUCCUGGUGAAUGCGUUGCAUCAAGACGUGGUUCACCACUUUUGGUUGGUAUUAAAACUAAAACACGUCUAGCCACUGAUCACAUUCCAAUUCUGUACGGUAAAGAUGAUAAUGUGCCGCAAACUAAAAAAGAAGCUGAGACUACCAACGCACAAGAACAUCGUCCACAUGGUAACGCUCGUGAAGUACCAUUAUUGCCACGCACGGAGAGUACAUCGGAAUUCAUGCCGUUGGAGGAUAAGCAAGUGGAAUAUUUCUUCGCAUCGGAUGCAGCAGCUCUGAUUGAACAUACGAAUCGUGUUAUUUAUUUAGAGGAUGAUGAUGUUGCAGCCGUGAAGGAUGGCGCUUUGAGCAUUCAUCGCUUGAAAAAAUGUUUGGAUGACCCACAUGCUCGUGAAAUCACCACGCUUAAGAUGGAAAUUCAGGAAAUUAUGAAGGGCAACUAUCAAUAUUUCAUGCAGAAGGAAAUCUUCGAACAAUCUGAGUCCGUUGUGAAUACCAUGCGUGGCCGUGUUAACUUCGAGAAUGGUACUGUAACCUUAGGCGGUAUUAAAGAUUACAUUCCAGAAAUUAAGCGUUGCAGACGCCUGAUGCUGAUUGGUUGCGGCACUUCAUACCAUAGUGCCGUAGCAACUCGGCAGCUACUUGAAGAGCUUACUGAACUGCCUGUUAUGGUUGAACUGGCAUCAGACUUUUUGGAUCGCAACACGCCCAUUUUCCGUGAUGAUGUUUGCUUCUUUAUUUCACAGUCAGGUGAAACUGCAGAUACUCUGAUGGCUCUGAGGUACUGUAAACAACGUGGUGCCUUGAUUGUUGGUAUAACCAACACAGUAGGUUCAUCGAUUUGUCGUGAGUCACAUUGUGGUGUACAUAUCAAUGCUGGACCUGAAAUAGGUGUGGCCUCUACAAAAGCAUACACAUCGCAAUUCAUUUCAUUAGUAAUGUUCGGACUAGUAAUGUCUGAAGAUCGUAUAUCCCUGCAACAACGUCGGCAGGAGAUCAUCAAAGGUUUAGCAGGAUUGGAGAGCGCAAUUCGCAAGGUCUUGAAAUUAGAUCCGCUUGUUUUGGAGAUGGCGAAGGACUUGUAUCAGCACAAGUCUUUAUUGAUUAUGGGCCGAGGUUACAACUUUGCAACAUGUUUGGAAGGAGCAUUGAAAGUCAAAGAGUUGACCUAUAUGCACAGUGAAGGCAUCAUGGCCGGUGAAUUAAAACAUGGACCCCUCGCUUUAGUCGAUGAUUCUAUGCCAGUCCUAAUGAUAAUCCUUCGGGACCCUGUCUAUGCAAAAUGUAUGAAUGCACUACAGCAAGUUACAGCGCGAGAAGGACGGCCUAUUUUGAUAUGUGAAGAGGGCGAUGAAGAAACAAAAUCAUUCUCAUCACGCGCUCUUGAAAUCCCAAGAAUUGUCGAUUGUUUGCAGGGAAUUCUCACCGUUAUACCAAUGCAGUUGCUCUCAUACCAUAUUGCCGUCUUGCGAGGAUGUAAUGUUGAUUGUCCGCGAAAUUUAGCUAAAUCUGUAACAGUAGAAUAAAAUCAAAUCAGUUUUUAUAGAUUUUUCGUGUCAUUGUAACUCACUCUAUCUACUUUUGUCACUAUUGUAGAAGAGAAUGAAAUUUAUUAUACAUAACAAACAGCAAAAUGAGAUAAAUGAAAAAUAAGUCAAAAGAACGUAAAUGGAGUCGAAAAGACACAUUUUAUAUUCCGUGAACCUACCGAAUAGAGGACAACCGAACGUUCUAUUAUUUUUUCGUUAUAUGUACAACAUAUUUAUAUAUAUGAUUUCACUUAAAACCAAAUAAGCAGCUUAGCUAUUCUCGAUUAAUCUUUGUUUUUGCUUUCUUAAUUUGCUUUUACUUCAAAUCUGCAGUACUUAGUUUUACCCUUCAAUCGAGUUGAAUAAUACAUUGCUUAUAUUUUGCCCAAAUUAUUAAAUAUUUAAACAAAUAAUUUCUUAACGCUUUCAAGUAAAUCGGUAAAUAAUCAACUUCGUUAUUGAUUUGCGGCAUUUUUUAAACAGUCAGAUAGUCCCUCUUCAAGGCUAACCGUAAAUUUCGUUUCAAGUUACGCAUUUUUAUAUAUUAUUCGCAUGAAUAAAACAAAAAAAACAUGGAAGAUUCCACCCAAAACAGCCAAUGUUUUUUAUAAAAAAUUCCAAAAUCGCAAUUUCGAAAGUUAUUAUCAUUCCUUAUAAGAAUUGAGUAAAUUCUUCUUUCGAGUGAGGGUUACUUGUUUCUGUACAUCUCAUUUAUAACAAAAUUCCUUUGGUAGAUAAGUUGUAAAAUUUACUAUGCUUCUGCUCUCUUUUGUUGAAAUUUCAGAUAGAAAAAUGUUAUCAAAUUGUAUUGUCGGUAUUCUUUCAUAUUUUGUUUGCAUUCUCGUUCUUGUUUACUUUGUUUUACUUAAUAGAAGCUAUACCGAAGGGAAAAUAUACAUCAAUUAAAGAUUUUGUAUUUAUUUUUACUAAGAAUUCUUCGAAAACUAUAUACAUUGUACUUAAAAAUCAUUCAAGGAAACUAGCAAUAUUUUUUUAAUUCACUAUUUUUUUUUUUAUUUCUGGAUAAAGAGACAGGUAGAGCAAAUUAGCAUUAUCCUUUAUCUACUUUUUAUUAUAUAGGGUAAAAUUAAACCCUUUUUGAUGUUUAUAAAUACAUUUAAUCUCAAUAAAACAAUGGAUAUUUUUUCUUUC